UCAAAACAGCCACGUUCAAAUUUUUAUAAAUAUAGGUAUUAAUAGUGGUAUUGAAUUGAAUCAUGAUUAAUCGUUCGGGGAUUUUAUAAAGUUAUUUGCUUUAAGAGUAUUAUAUCAGUAUUGUAUUUGAUUAUAUUGCGUAUUCAACGGUGUAGUUAUUUUCAGAUUAUUACAGUGAAAACAACCGUGCUCCUAAAUGGACCUUAAUGUCAAUUGAAACACUUAAAAAAUGGAUUCUAAAAUAAAAGUAGACUCUAUCAACGCCGACUUACCUAAUGUGAAACAUGUUAGUGACAGUGCUAGAAGCAUUAAAUUGCUUUGUUAUGAUAUCCAGCACUUUAGCGUACCAGUGCAGUUUUUUUGCUGCUGCACUGGAGUUUUUAUCUUCUACUUGAUGUACGGCUAUUUACAGGAAUUAAUUUUUACUCUGGAAGGAUUCAAGCCAUAUGGGUGGUACUUGACCCUUGUCCAAUUCGGAUACUAUUCCAUAUUUGGUUACAUCGAAAUGUCUGCGAGAAGGAUAUCAGAACGGAAGAUCCCCGCCGGGACGUACCUCCUGCUGGCGGCGCUCACGCUGGGCACGAUGGGGUUCUCCAACUCGGCGGUGGGCUACCUCAACUACCCCACGCAGGUGAUCUUCAAGUGCUGCAAGCUGAUCCCCGUGCUGGUCGGCGGGGUGGUCAUCCAGAAGAAGCGGUACGGGGCCCUGGACGUGCUGGCGGCCUGCAGCAUGUGCGCGGGGCUGGCGCUGUUCACGCUCGCCGACAGCCAGGUGUCGCCCAACUUCGACACGACGGGCGUGGUGAUGAUAUCAUGUGCUCUUGUCUGCGACGCAGCCAUAGGCAAUGUGCAGGAGAAGUCUAUGAAAAUGCACAACGCUACUAACACCGAAGUUGUCUUCUACUCGUACUUCAUUGGCUUUCUGUACUUGAUUGCAAUCAUGGCAGUGUCAGGCGACUUUAUAAAAGGGGCGUUGUUCUGUGCAAAGCAUCCGUGGGAGACGUAUGGUUACGGGCUGCUGUUCUCCAUGUCAGGGUACUUGGGCAUCCAGAUUGUCCUCACCCUGGUGAAGACCACCGGUGCGCUGGUCGCUGCGACGGUGACGACUUGCCGCAAAGCUGUCACCAUCAUGAUCUCGUUCGUCUUCUUCUCCAAGCCUUUUACAUUCCAGUAUGUUUGGUCUGGACUUCUUGUAAUUCUCGGUAUCUACAUAAAUAUUUACAGCAAGAAUCAACAUAAAAUAGACAUACGAGCAAUAUUUAACAAAGUACUCAAUAGGAUAUCAGUAUUCACGAAACAGACUAAAUAUCCACAUUACAGGAAGAUUUUAUCUGAUGUUUGAACCGUGUGGUAUUAGCACAAAAGUGCUUGCAAUAAAACACAAGAUAUGGUGUGUUUA